AUGGCUCUCAGACCUGAGUUCGCGACGGCAGACCCCACCAUCAUAAUGAGUGAAAAUGCUAAGGAGUGGGAGAGCAUCUGGACUGACCCCGUGGACGAGAGGAAGCACACGAUCGAGCAGCUGGAGUGCGCCAGGCGACGUGCACUGAUGGGGGACCUGGACCCAAUUGACAUGGAUAUGCUCAACGAUGCGCUGAGGGCGACGUCGGCAUCCAAAGCGAAGGGCCUGGACCAGCUGAGCCCCACAGACAUCGACAGACUUCCCACGGUGGCAAAGGCAGAGCAACUGGAUAUCAUCGCUGAGUGUAAGAGACAUUUGGCAUGGCCACGUCAAAUUUCGGCAACCAAAUGUGCGAUUGUUCCCAAGCCUGUCCCUGCUAGAGGAGAUCGAGUCCUGGGAAUGCUACCUUUACCAGUGAAGUUAUGGUCGAGAGCGCGUGGCGAUGUUUGCUCAAUGUGGAGUGCUGGACUUUCAGACCAUUGGGACACAGCGGUAAAAAGCAGCUCGGCGCUCCGCGCUGGAUUGCUAAGAGCAGUACUAGAUGAGGCGGGCAUCGAGAUCGGCGCGUCGGCCAUGACAUUAUUGUUAGACAUAGAGAAGUUCUACGACACGGUGUCCCUAGUUAUUUAA